UCCCGUCAUAAAUUAGCCUGAUCCUUAGUCGACAGCCACUCUGAUUUCCUGUUUUCCUUGUCUCAGGUGAGAAUCCUAGGGCACUUCUGCUCUCCUCUGUUCUUGGUGAAGAGAUAAGUACAACUACUGCCUGCUCGUCUCAUUUUCAAGGUUAUAGAUGAAGCAACUUGCAAAGCAUUCUUGUAACAUGAAGCAAGAAGAAUAAUAUUUAAAAGUAACCCAAUCAUUAUACGUCAAUACCGUCAAUGUAGCUUCAUUCCACUAUCUUUUCUGUGCUUAUAUCUUGCAUGAAAUAUUGGAUAAGCCAAAGUGUGUAGGAAGAAAUUUUCCUAGUCCUUAAUCUUUGCAAUGGGAAUGCUCAUGUUCAGGCAUAUCUUCUUUAAGAACUUUGUCAAGUCCAGUGGAGCAACACAGGCAGUGUUUACAUUCCUUCUGAUUCCAUGUUGCUUGACUCGGGAUUUCACGGCACCCCCUUUAAUCCCAAGUAUUUCUUUCCUCUGGGGCUGGAAUGUCCCAGCUGAACGCUGUGCUUCAAAGUAUAAUGUACAGCUAGAUCUGAGCCUUUUUUCUCUAACAGGAAGCCCCCUAAAAAGUGCCACUGAACAAGCCAUUACAUUAUUUUAUAAUGAUAGACUUGGCUACUAUCCUCACAUAAUUGAAAAGACUGGCAAAAGUGUGCAUGGAGGAAUCCCUCAGUUGGGAUCCUUACGAAAGCACUUGGAGAAAGCCAAGGCAGACAUUUCCCAUUACAUACCGACACAAGGCCUGGGCUUGGCUAUCAUUGACUGGGAAGACUGGAGGCCUCUCUGGGCAAGAAACUGGAAACCUAAAGAUAUUUACAAGAAUCUGUCUAUUGACUUGGUUCAGCAACAUGAACAACUUAAUGAAACAGAAGCCGCCAGGAGAGCCAAAGUAGAAUUUGAAAACUCAGGAAAGUGUUUCAUGCUAACGACUUUAAAAUUGGGAAAAUUCCUUCGACCAAAUUAUUUAUGGGGUUACUAUCUUUUUCCUGAUUGCUACAAUCAUAAUAGUAGAAACCCCAAUUACAAUGGAAGUUGCCCUCAAAUAGAAUAUAAAAGAAAUGAUGAGCUCAACUGGUUGUGGAAUGCAAGCACAGCCCUUUUCCCAUCUAUUUACUUGAGUAGCAAAUUAAAAUCUUCUCCAAAUGCCCCUCUCUUUGUCCGUAAUCGUGUUCAAGAAGCCAUUCGGGUUUCUAAAGUACCCAGUGCUAAACAACCAAUUCCAAUUUUUGUAUAUACCCGUCCAGUUUUUACUGACUUGGAUUUGAAAUAUCUUUCUGAGGAUGACCUUGUGAAUACAAUUGGUGAAACUGUUUCUCUGGGUGUCUCUGGAAUAAUAAUAUGGGGAAGUCUCAAUUUAAGCCAAAAUGUGCAAUCUUGCACAGAGCUUGACAGUUACAUGAAGAAUAAAUUGAAUCCUUACUUAAUCAAUGUCACCCUAGCAGCCAAAAUGUGUAACCAAGUGCUUUGCCAUGAGCAAGGAGUGUGUGCAAGGAAAAAUUGGAAUUCAAACGACUAUCUUCACCUGAACCCAGACAGUUUUACUAUUGAACUUGAGAAAAGUGGAAACUACACAGUACAUGGGCAACCCACACUUGAAGACCUGCAGGAAUUUUCUGAAAAAUUUUAUUGCCUUUGUUAUGCCAAUGUCAACUGUAAGGAGAGAGUUGAUAUGACUAAGAUUCAUACUGUUAAAGUAUGUGUGGCUGAAUAUAUUUGUAUAGAUGUCUUUCUAAAUGCAAGUCCCAGUGAUUAUCGUUCAAGUUGGAGAAAGAAACAUGGCACUCUUGGCAAUAUCUUAUCCUCCAUCCAACCUGCUACAGCGUCUCCUUGUGUUCCUGGCCAAGAUCUCAGUAGGUGUCGCAAAGCCAGAUUUAUACUAGAAGCCAACUCCAAAACCACCCAAGUGGGCUAUUAGAUUGUAUAUAUUCAAAACAAACAAACAAAAAAUAAAACAACCUCUUCAAGUACAA